GCGUGACCUUUUUGAUUUGUCGUUUGAUUAGACAAAACGAUUGUUUGCAAGGUUUGAAGGAGUCUGUGACAAAAUGAGUACUGUACCAUACAAAGAAGACACCAACGUCUGUUAUCCUUAUCAAGAGUCCCACCCCCGCUAUGAGAAUGUGAAAAUCCCACUGCAGGCUCUGGGCCACCAAUGUAACGUGGCUUCAUUGCUCUUUUGAACGGUAAGGCACUCUUCCAUAUUGCUGCUGAUGCUGAUCUUGAUGAAAUAUCUGGCUGCGAAUCACGGCUGUAAAUUGCUGACAGUGCCAUAACUCUCCCUCUCUCGCUGGCAGCUUCGACUCUCAGUAAUGAGCGUAUUGCUAGCUGGCGACUAGCAAGCACACGUCCAGCCAUUCAAAAUAUGCCAGACGCUUCUGAGGGAUUCUUUCAACAAUGUGACUGAUCACGCCUAGUCUGGCUCGCGUGCGCAACUUCGUACGGUGACUGGGCUAAUUGUUCACCUUCUCCUGAUAAAUAGGCGAAGGCGUUCUCUCGUAGCGGCAGAAUAAUCAUCUCUCUCACCUGCUGCGGCCGUUGGCGAGGUCCCUCUUGAAUUUUGUUCCACCGCAGCGAAGUUUCCCCAGCAGCAAUCCAUCCUCUCAGCCACAAUGUCUGCGUCUGCAGUGAGUGCAACGGCCGCGAGCUCCAGCUCGUACAGCCAAAUGAAGAGCAGCAGCAGCAGCUCCUACAAGGGAGUUAGCGCCGGCCUCGGGUUCGGAAGCUACGGGUCAGGCGGAGCAGCUCUGGGCUACGGCGGAGCGUUGGGUCUGGGCUACGGUGGAGGGGCAGCCCUGGGCUAUGGUGGAGGGGCAGCUCUGGGCUACGGUGGAGGGGCAGCCCUGGGCUAUGGUGGAGGGGCAGCCUUGGGCUAUGGUGGAGGGGCAGCCUUGGGCUAUGGUGGAGGGCUUGGUCUGGGCUAUGGAGGAGGAGGAGUUGGUCUGGGCUAUGGGGCAGUGGGUCUUGGAGGUGGUGGGUACAUGCUCCCGGGAGGAGGCGCGCCGGGGCUGAUCGGUGGUGGGUUCGGCAUCGGGCCCGGCGGCGGGGUCGGCCCCUAUGGGAGCCCCGCAUUCGCCGCGGGCAAAAUGCUGACGGCCGGGGGUCUGUCCGGCACCCUUGUGGGUGUGGGUACCAUCCCGCCCAUGGCGUCGCGAGAGGCGGAGAAGAGCACCCUGCAGUUCCUGAACGACCGCUUCGGGGGCUACGUGGAGAAGGUUCGACUCCUGCAGCGAGAGAACGCGGCGCUCGAGGCACAGCUCGCGUCCAUCACGGGCGGCGCGCCGCUCUCGCCCGACGGGGGGGUCACGGUCAACUACGAGGUCCAGAUCACGGAGCUGCGCACCACCAUCGAGACGCUCAUCCUCGACAAGGUGAACCUGGAGAUCGAGCUGGACAACAUCAGGGCCACGGCCGAGGAGCUCAAAGCCAAGUUUGAGUUCGAGGCCGGAGUGCGUUACCAGCUGGAGUCUGACAUCAGCUUGAUGAAGAAGGACAUCGAGUUUGCGACCGACACUCGCGUGAACCUGACCACGCGCUACACGGCCCUGACGGACGAGCUGACCUUCCUCAAGAAGACCUAUGAAGAGGAAUUCGCCACCUUCCAGACUCGCCUGGGCACCACGGAGGUCUCUAGCGGCUCCAUCAUCGAGGUCGACACCAUCAAGUCGUUUGACCUAAUGUCCACCCUCAGCCAAAUCCGCUCCGAGUACGAGGUGGUGGCCACCAGAAACCGCGCAGAGGCAGAGGCGUACUACCAUAGCAGGAUAGAAGAGAUCCAGGCCGUGACCUCGAAGACCACGGAGGCCAUCAACUUCGCGAAGACAGAGAUUGUGUCGGUGACCAAGGAUAUCCAGAUGCACUACUCGGAGCUACAGACACUCCUGUCCCAGAGCUACUCCAUGGAGCAGGCCGUGGCUUCCUACGAGGCACGAGCCAGCUCCGAGGUGGCCAGCUACCAGUCCUCGGUGGCCAGCUUGGAGGUGGCCAUCGAGACCGCUCGAAUGGACCUGCAGAGGCAGCUGUUGGCUUAUCAGAGCCUGCUGGACGUCAAGCUUCAGCUGGACGCUGAGAUCUCCACCUACAGGAAUCUGCUGGAGGGCGAGGCGGCCAGCCUGUCUGCCGUAAAGCUGAGUUCGCUGUCGCUGGGCGGCGGCGGGGUGCACGUGGUGUCGGCAGGGAGCAGCAGCUCGCGCUCUGCCUCCUCCACCCAGAUGUCAAUGUCAGCGAGUAGCAAGUCAGCCAGCUUCGUGGCCAGCAGCGCUACCGACAUCAAAAUCUAAGAGCUCAAGGGGCCUUGAAAACAGGAAAGCGACGCCCAAGAGAAAAGGAUGAAACGUAAAAUGUAACACCAUCUCGAUUCGUCACCUCCAGCCCAGGGUUUCUCAAGCUCCGCUCCGCGCACCCGACCUCGGAGAGCUCAUCCACGUUCACGACGAGUUGUUUACAUGCUGCAACGUGCCUGAUGAUUUCUAAUAAUGUCCCACGCGAUGGAGAGAGCUCUGAUUAACAUGUAGACGGAGAUCGUCAUGCACAGUAAUGCAGCGCUCUCUACGCCUCGGGGGACGUGUUUAACAACUAUCAGGCGCGUGCAGCGCACGGUAAUUUGUGUUUUACCGGGAGAAGAAAAGUUAACAUGCAAAGGCUCGUGGUUUUGGAGCUUACGUUUGAGGAACUUUGUUUGAGGAACUUUGGCCUGGCUAUCGUGACAAGUUCUCUGUCUGCUCUCUGUACCCGCAUAGGUUUUGGCUGCAAAUGUCAUUGGUUGCUUCAAGUUAAUACCCCCCCUCCUCCUCCUCUCCCCUCCGGGCAAUGCUGACGUGAGGGCGUGCAUUCCUCCGGCCUAACGCAUGGCGUCUGAUUAUUCCUACGCAGCCUCGUCCGUAGACUACGCACUUGGGUGAGCGAUCCUUGCUGCUGCUUUGCUGUGGAGUGAAUAAACAUCACGUGAACCAAAA